AUGUCUAAUUUAUGUAGUUUGACAGUUCAAACAAUGAACGAUAUUUCUGUUGAUGGACAUCAAUGGGAACAAAUUAUUCGUGAUCAUCUAAUCAAACUUAAACGAUUUCGACUCAAAUUAACGAGAAAACUUAAGAAUGACAGAAAUUGGGAACAACAUCUCGAUGAACUUAUUGAUUCAUUUCGAAGUCGAUUUUGGCUUGAAGAACGUCGUUGGUUUGUUCAAUGUGAUUGGGAUCCAGAUGUUGCCGCAAUUUAUUUAUACACUUUGCCGUAUGCUUUUGAGCAUUUUACAGUAAAUUUUCCUCUCAUAUUCAAAUCGACUUGUCCUCAUGUUAAAUGUCAUUGUUCCUAUAAUCGUGUACGUCGACUUAAAUACUUGCCUUCUAUAUCUGAAAACAUAAAUCAAUGUCAUAUUAGUUUUUGUAACGUUCAAGAUCUUACUAUUUAUCUCCCAUUGACUAAUCAUUUGUGGAUGAUCGUUCCAAAAUUUCAUCAAUUGACUUCACUUUGUGUAUCAUGGUAUAAUUAUGACAAAGAUUUUCCAGAUCAAUUACAAUUGCUACUUGAUCGAGCACCUAAUCUCUAUUCGUUAAGCAUUGAAACAUGGCGAUCGCAAACUACGCAAUUAGCACCAGUUAAAAUUACGCAUGCUUCGAUUCGACGACUCGAUUUUUAUAACUAUAAUUACUAUUAUAACAAUGAAGACUGUUCUAUAUUGAGUCGUUCACCGUUAGGGAUACAAUGUGAAAUACUUCGUAUCUCGGUUGAAAAUCGAACAUGUGUACUGGAUCUCGUGGAUAAAAUGGCUAAUCUUCGUCAGUUGAUAGUUCAAUGUCGAGAUGUCAAACAUAUAGAACAAUCAACAGCAAUUUCAGAUGAACUUAUCGAAUGGCUGCAAUUUCACUUGUCAUCCACAUGUACGAUAACAAGAAGUACUCGUUUAGAAAAUGAAAUUUACGUGGGUAUUCGUUAA